AUGAUGACGUGCCGUCUGCUGUGCGCCCUGUUGGUGCUUGCCCUGUGCUGCUGCCCGUCCGUUUGCGCGUUAGUGGAACCGGAGCCUAAAGUUGAUGUUCAAGCUUCCCAGACGACCACGACGAAUACAACACAGCCACCAACUGCUAAGCCGGUUGAAGCUAUUGUAGGCGCCCCCAGUCAAUCGACCCUUGCAACAGGGGGAGCAUCACAGGAGACCGGUCAUUCAGAUCCUUCAACAACGGGGCCCGUUGCAAGUCCGGGAGAUGAUGGCGGAGAGGGAUCAGGAUCUACCAGUACGGCAGUUCUGGAACCAAAAGUAAGUACCGAACCAAAUAAAUCACUGACAGAGGGCACGAACGGUAUGACAAACAACAAAGU